ACCUGCUCCACAACCCACUGCCCCUGAUGCCCGAAUUCCAGCGGAGCAUCCGCCUCCUGGGCAGGAGACCCACCACGCAGCAGUUCAUUGAGACCAUCAUCAAAAAGUACGGCACCCACAUCCUCAUCUCCGCCACCCUGGGAGGAGAGGAGGCCUUGACCAUGUAUAUGGACAAAAGCCGACUCGACAGAAAGUCAGGAAACGCUACCCAGAGUGUCGAAGCAUUGCACCAGCUUGCUUCCUCCUACUUUGUAGACCGUGAUGGCACCAUGAGGAGACUCCAUGAGAUCCAGAUCUCUACCGGAGCAAUCAAGGUAACAGAAACUCGGACUGGCCCUCUGGGUUGUAACAGCUAUGACAAUCUGGACUCUGUGAGUUCUGUCCUUCUGCAAAGCACUGAGAGCAAACUCCACCUGCAAGGUCUCCAGCUCAUCUUUCCUCAGUACUUACAAGAGAAGUUUGUCCAGUCUGCCUUGAGCUACAUCAUGUGCAACGGAGAGGGGGAAUACAUCUGCCGGAACAGCCAGUGCGGCUGUCAGUGUGCUGAGGAAUUCCCGCAGUGCAACUGCCCCAUCACCGACAUCCAGAUCAUGGAGUACACACUGGCAAACAUGGCCAAGUCCUGGACAGAAGCCUAUAAAGAUCUGGAGAAUUCAGAUGAAUUCAAAUCCUUCAUGAAAAGGCUACCUAGCAACCACUUCCUGACCAUUGGGAGCAUCCACCAGCACUGGGGGAACGACUGGGAUCUUCAGAACCGGUACAAGCUCCUGCAGAGCUCCCUGGAAGCCCAGCGCCAGAAGAUCCAGCGCACUGCCCGCAAACUCUUUGGCCUCAGUGUCCGCUGUCGGCACAACCCCAACCACCAGCUGCCUAGAGAAAGGACAAUACAGGAAUGGCUUACCCGGGUCCAAUCCCUGCUCUACUGCAAUGAGAAUGGGUUCUGGGGGACCUUUCUGGAAAGCCAACGGAGCUGCGUGUGCCAUGGUGGCACCAGCCUGUGCCAGCGUCCCAUCCCCUGCAUCAUCGGGGGCAACAACAGCUGUGCCAUGUGCAGCCUUGCCAACAUUUCUCUCUGCGGCUCAUGCAACAAGGGCUAUAAGCUUUACCGGGGUCGUUGCGAGCCUCAAAACGUAGACUCGGAGCGGAGUGAACAGUUCAUCAGCUUUGAAACGGACUUGGACUUCCAGGACCUAGAGCUGAAGUACCUGCUGCAGAAAAUGGACUCUCGCCUGUAUGUGCAUACUACCUUCAUCAGCAAUGAGAUCCGCUUGGACACCUUCUUCGACCCCAGGUGGCGCAAACGCAUGUCCCUCACCUUGAAAAGCAACAAGAACCGGAUGGACUUCAUCCACAUGGUGAUCGGGAUCUCCAUGCGAAUCUGCCAGAUGCGCAACAGCAGCCUGGACCCUAUGUUCUUUGUCUAUGUCAACCCAUUCAGCGGGAGCCACUCCGAGGGCUGGAACAUGCCCUUUGGGGAGUAUGGCUACCCUCGCUGGGAGAAAAUCCGCCUCCAAAACAGCCAGUGCUACAACUGGACCCUGCUAUUGGGCAACCGGUGGAAAACCUUUUUCGAGACAGUCCACAUCUACCUACGGAGCCGGACUCGGCUGCCUUCCCUGCUGCGUAACGAGACUGGCCAAGGGCCCGUGGACCUUUCUGAUCCCACCAAGCGUCAGUUCUACAUCAAGAUCUCGGAUGUGCAGGUGUAUGGCUACAGCCUACGUUUUAACGCCGACCUCCUGCGCAGUGCUGUGCAGCAGGUCAACCAGUCGUACACGCAAGGCGGGCAGUUCUAUUCUUCCUCCUCCGUCAUGCUCUUGCUGCUGGAUAUUCGGGACCGAAUCAAUAGACUGGCGCCUCCCGUGGCUCCGGGGAAGCCCCAGCUGGAUCUCUUCUCUUGUAUGCUCAAGCACCGCCUGAAACUCACCAACAGCGAGAUCAUCCGUGUGAACCAUGCUCUAGACCUGUACAACACCGAGAUCCUCAAACAGUCGGACCAGAUGACAGCCAAACUCUGCUAACCCAGACUUUUCAGUGGACACAUUGGUGACUGAUCCUUUUGCUGUAAAAAAAUAAAAGAGAAAAAAAAGAGAAAAAAUUAAAAAGAAAGAGAGAAAAGGGGGAAAAAAGAAAAGAAAGGGGAAAAGCAAAAUUUGUAAAAUGUAAUUAAUAUACAAAAGAGGAAAAAAAGAGGAAAUUCUUCAUUUGUUGAAAACUAAACCCGUUCUAGCAGCUGUAUAAAACUGUCAGGCAUGUUUGUUAUUUCUAUAAUCCAUCAUAAAAGGGUAACACCUUACUCUCUCUUGACCUUGAGGGUGUUGCUUGCUAGGCUUAGGGGCAGCAGAAGUAACUAAAGGGAGGAAUAGAGAGAGGGGCAAAUUUCUGUACUGAACUGUAAAGAUUUCUGCUAUGCAGGUGCCAAGUCAAAGAAACAAACAAA